UACCACAGCCAAACUAAUCAGGAAUAGUGAGAUAAAAUGAGGCUAGCCUUUCGAAACGCUUCCGGUGCUGCUAAACUCUCAAUUAAUCUUUCAGAAGCCGGUUGCUCUUCCUUCUUAAACCCUAACCCCUCUUUUAUAAAUACUUGUCCAAUUCACCACCACAUUUCACCUCGCAACGCCGUCGUUUCAAACCCCUCUCGGUGCCACACACUCUCCGGAGCUGAAACACACGCGCCGCCCUUCUCUGCUCUGAUGGACAAACAGUUCGAAGCUUUUCGGCAACACUUGGAAGAAUCCGGUAGCUUACGCGACCGCUUCCGCGCUGUUGCUACCCAAAUUGAAGCCACUAAUCGCAACAUCAACUCUUUCCUUCUCCUCAUUCAUCAGUCUCGUCCCAUGCCCGAGGUUCUAGAGAAGGUGAAUUCGGAGAUUGAUGUGUUGAAGAGAUUGUUCAAUCAGCUUGCGGAAAUUGCUCGUGAAUGCCCUGGGCAGUACUAUAGGUAUCAUGGUAAUUGGAAGAGUGAGACACAAGCAGUUGUCUCUUUGCUUGCGUUUCUGCAUUGGCUAGAAACCGGGACUCUUCUUGGGCAUGCUGAAGCGGAGCAGAAACUCGGAUUGGAUAAGUCAGAGUUUCGUAUUGACGUUGAAGACUAUCUGAUUGGAAUAUGCUUUAUGGCAAAUGAUUUGCCUAGGUACGUGGUGAAUCGAGUGACUGCUGGUGAUUAUGAUUGCCCCCGAAAGGUUAUGAAGUUCUUGACCGAUCUUCAUGCAGCAUUUCGCAUGCUUAAUCUGAGAAAUGAUUUCUUGCGUAAAAAGUUUGAUGGAAUGAAAUAUGACCAAAGAAAGGUUGAGGAAGUUUACUAUGAUGUCAAAAUUCGAGGCUUGGCAGUGGAUGGGGAUACAAUGGUAGAAGGAACUGAAGGACAACAAUAGACUUGUGCAGGGUUUAAGCUGUUUGGCGAUCAAACUGUGUAGUCUGUCUGCCCUUAUUUUAACUCUGUAUAUGCUUUGGCCAAAGUUUAUCUUUGCAAGACUAAACUCAGUGACUCUGGAUAUCAGAGCUUUUUGGCACUUUAUAAAUUGUCACAUCUUAGUUAGAAUUUUCUAAGAAACACAUGUCACUGGGGUUUUUUUA